AUGACAAGUAAUAAUGAAAAAGUUGAUAUGCUUUUAGUUUAUGGUGAAUGUAGACGUAAUUCACGAAAUGCCGCUAGACUUUAUGCAGAACGAUAUCCCGAACGAUACCACCCUCCUCACAAUUACUUUGUCCGAAUUGAAUCGUCUUUGAGAAAUAGUGGUGAGCUACCUGGAAGACAAGGUGAUAAUCGACGUAAUCAAAGACAGUUGAUUGGACAGGCAAACGAACAGGACAAAUUGCAGGUAUUAGCAUAUGUUCAAUUAAAUCCUCGAUCUUCGAUUAGGCGUUUAAGCAACGAAAUUGGAAUUUCUUAUAAAAAAGUUCAAGAUGGAGCACCUGCACACAAUGCAAUUGUUGUAAGAGAGUAUUUACAAAAUCAAUUUGGCAAUCGAUGGAUGGGUACAUAUGGUGCAGUAGCUUGGCCACCAAGAUCUCCAGAUCUCACACCAUUAGAUUUUUUUCUGUGGGGACAUUUGAAGAAUGAAGUUUAUUCAACUCCACCUUUAAGUAUUCAAGAUCUAAAAAAUAAAAUUGUAAUUGCUUGCGCAGAACUUAAAAAGGAACAGAUAUUAGCAGCUACUCAAAGAGAAGUGAUUCGUCGAUUUCAAUCAUGCAUGGAGAAUGAUGGGCAAAAUUUUGAACAAUUUAUUAGAUAG